CGCAGGCGCAGCAUGCUAGGAAGCGUCCGGGAUGGCUGUUAUCGUUGUUGCUGUAUUUUCUCAGUCUGAAAAGCCACAAGAAAGUCCCAAACCAUGAAUAUUGUGGGCCAGUUGGCAGAGACAGUGUUUGUGACGGUGAAGGAGCUGUACCGUGGCCUUAACCCCGCCACACUCACCGGAGGGAUCGAUGUCAUUGUGGUGCGACAGCCUGAUGGAUCGUUCCAGUGUUCCCCCUUUCACGUUCGCUUCGGCAAGCUGGGCGUGCUGCGCUCCAAGGAGAAAAUUGUGGAUAUUGAGAUAAAUGGAGAAGUGGUUGACCUGCACAUGAAGCUGGGUGACAAUGGAGAAGCUUUUUUUGUGGAGGAAAAUGAAAACAUGGAGGUCCCAGCCCAUCUCUGCACCUCCCCAAUUCCUCUUGAGGUCCCUGAGGCGAUGGAGGAGAUCAAGGAGACCACCGAGGAAUCCUCCAUUGCUGGGUCUGGCACCCGCAGGAAGAAACGCCGCCGCAAACGCAUGCGUUCUGAUACUCACCCGAGAGAAGAGGCCUACUCGUCAUCAUCAGAUGAGAGAGAAAGAGAGAAGGAGUGGGAGAAAGAAAGCAAUCAGGCUGUACAGGAGAGUCUUGCUAAAGGGGAGCAUGUUCUACCAUUACAAGUCAGUAAAUCAGUGUACUACUCGAUGUCUGAAGAGCCUAAUGAGGAGGUGGGGGCCACACAGACCAGAGACACUCAUCCACACUCCGAUGGAGAGCAGUCACCCUCAGAGAGCACUGUGUUCUACAGUCGACCACCCUCUCCAAAGAGUGACUCUGAGCUUUUGGUUAAACCCCAAGAGUCCUCUGGGCCUCAGAUGCAGUGGAACUGGGGAGGUUUUCCCAUGCUGUGUCAAUCAGAGAAGACACCAGUGGAGUUGCAGCACAUCUCCCUUUCCAGCAGUUGUCAUUUCCGCACCAUUGAGAAACAAGACUCCUUUGACAUGGGCUAUGAGCCUGUUAUCAGCUGUGGUAGAGUGGGCAGUGUAACAGUGGUCAGGCCACAACCCAGGACUCUCCUGGACCUAGGCAGCCAUGCUAUGCAAACCACACCUUUAUUCAAGGAGAAAAAUGGUGAAAUUGCCCAUUCCACCCAAAGAGACCUCUCCAAGUCUUGUGCCCCAUCAGUGAAGACUAACGUGGACUUGACACAGGCACUUGAAUCCACAUUGGAGGAAGAGGAGAACAGAGACUUGUCGUCUUUUUCAGCUAAACUAAUUAAUGGCACCAAUUCUCUUGCUGGCAAAGAAAGCACAGUCAGUGUUGAGCUUAUUAGCACUGUAACUGAUAGAAUUAGCUCUGUAACAAAAAAUAAUGUGGUCAGUGUGACCAAACCAAAGAACGCACAAAAACAACUCACAAAGGAGAGCGAAGACUGCAAAGUCACAGCAACAAGUCCAAGUACUACAGACUUAUUAAAUCCACAACAACAGGAUGCCUUAUUGGAGCACAGUGAACAGGGUUACACCAGUAGUGUCCCUGUCAGCGAGGGGGACAGUGGGAUAGAUCCAUUUGCUGAGGGAGGGGAGGAGGAAGGUGGACCUGGAGAGACUGCAGCAGGAGGCUCACUGACCAACAAAGGUGCACCAAAAGCUGAAGGGAGAGACGCUGGGACCAGCUGCACAGCUGCAGAGGGGUCAGCAAACUCUUCUGAGUCACCCUCCAGAGUGGAGCAACAGGACAAGAAUAAAGGUAAACGUAAUCAUCAUCUAGGACCAACAGAUAUUUACUUGGAUGAUCUGACCACAUUGAACCCUGAGGUGGCUGCACUCUACUUCCCCAAGAGUGAGACAGAGGGAGCGUCUCAGCACGUGGCGGAGCAGGGCACCUUCUCUGGGAGCCAGUCGCCUCAGUCAGUGGGCAGCGGGGCCAUGGACAGCGGUACAGAGUACCUGUCAGAUUCCACCUCCUACAACAUGGAUGUCAGCAUGUCCCUCUGCGGUCAAGUGGGAGACACCACCCAAAUCACUAAAGAAAGGUUUAUGGAGCACAUUGUGACAUACCAGGAUUUUGCCAAUAAUCCAGGAAUCAUUGAGGACCCAAGCCUUGUGAUCUCCAUCAACUCUAACUAUUACAACUGGGCAGUGGCUGCUCCAAUGGUCUUGUCAAUGACAACUUUCCAGAAACACCUACCAAAGGGUACGAUAGAGCAGUUGGUGAAGGACAAGAUGCCCAAAAAGUCUGGACGCUGGUGGUUGUCCUGGAGGAGAAGAGACAUGGCCAAUAACCAGCAAAAGGACGAGCAAGAGGAACCACUACCAAGUGUCUCUUCUACAGUAAAAGCCACACUGGAUGACAUCGAGAGUGAUGAGGCAGCGGGCCUCGGCCGAAAAGCCACCAUUGCUCCCAGCCUGUCAACUGAAACCCUUAGCGCCACUCAGUGUAUCAGCCAGAUGUAUCACAAAUCACUACGUCUGACCUCUAAGCAGAUAGAACACUUAAACUUGCGUGAAGGAGCCAACAAGGUGGUGUUCAGUGUGACCACACAGUACCAAGGCACCUGUCGCUGUGAAGCUGCCAUCUACCUGUGGACCUGGGACGAUCGCGUCAUCAUAUCAGACAUAGACGGCACUAUCACUAAGUCUGAUGCUCUGGGUCACAUUCUACCUCAGUUUGGAAAAGACUGGACACACAAAGGCAUUGCCAAACUCUACCACAAAAUACACCAAAACGGUUAUAAGUUCCUGUAUUGUUCAGCGCGGGCCAUAGGCAUGGCUGCCAUCACUAAGGACUAUCUUCAGUGGGUCAAUGACAAAGGCACUGUCCUCCCUAAAGGCCCUGUACUGUUGGCUCCCAGCAGCCUCUUUUCAGCACUACACAGGGAGGUUAUUGAGAAGAAGCCGGAGGUUUUUAAAAUUGCCUGUCUCAGUGACAUCAGGGACCUGUUCAACCCACAGAGACAGCCCUUCUACGCAGCCUUCGGCAACAGGACUAACGAUGCUUAUGCCUAUAAGCAGGUUGGGGUGCCUGAUAGCAGGUUAUUUACUGUCAACCCAAAAGGAGAGCUCACUCAGGAGAAGACUAAAGGCAACAAGUCCUCGUACAGCCACCUCAGUGAGCUGGUGGAACAUUUCUUCCCCACGCUCUCUGUCAAGGGCAGUGCAACCUCUGCUUUGGACUGUCCCGAGUACAGCAGUUUCUCCUAUUGGAAGGAGCCUCUGCCAGAACUGGACCUGGAUGCACUACUGUAGACAAACACACCCACACAUAACUUUUCUCAGCAUGCCUGAAUUUUGCCUUUGAUAGACCUGCCAACUGUAGUGCCUGGGACACUAGAGAAAGAGGCAACUGUUCUGACUUACAAUUUAUAGAGCCAAAUUAAGUCAUAAUAUGCAUGGCCUCCACAUUUAAAAAAUAAGUGUAUAAAACAUUCUGCAGCACUUAAUUACAGUGCUUUUACACUGAUUGUGGCUGUUUUAUGCAAUAUUUAGCUGGGGGUUUUUUUAUGUGAAAAUUCUACAAUGAACACAACUGGAUAUUUUAUGCCUUUGGACAGUUUCAGGUGUUUUUGCUACUGUGUGUACCAGCAUCAUAGUCAUUCCUCAAUAGGAAUUUAAACAGUGUAUUGGUAAGAUAACUGUUAAUACUGUCACAAGAUACAGCUCUGAACACCUACCAAAAACACAAUUGUUUAGAAAUUGAGCUGUAUUGGAUAAGUAUUAAGUGAUGCCUAAAUUGUGUAAUUACCGUUUUCUGUGACUGAUCUGGAAGUUUUCACUUGAAGCUCAUACUCAACGCUCAAAUGGACCCAGGCGCACACAUCUACAAAACAAAGCUGUUAUACUUUAUUCAGUUGAGAUCAGAUCAAUUGUGUGUCUUCAGUGUUGCAGGGAGGGCUUUUGUAGCUACCAAGCGACCAAAUAUAGUGUGAGAAUGUAUUUUAGAUGCUUUGGAUUAUUUUCAAGUCUGUGUGACCCUAGUAAGUAUGACAUAAGUGGGGUCCUUUGCCCUGAGCGAUGUUGAGCAUUAUUUAGUUAUCAGUGGUCAUUUCUGGCAAACACAAGUGUGUUCUGAUCACAUUUGACUCAGCUGAGUUGUAAGCUGGAAGCUAGUUGAUCUGAGCAUAUUAUCAUUGUGAAACUAUAACAUGAACAUUUCACAUGUCUUCAUUUCAGGUACUGCACAACUAAGUUUAGAAAUGUUUGAACACUACAUAAAUGCGGAGGGAGAUCAGACUGACAAUGACCUUUAUUCCAAAGAUGUAUAAACAGACCAUUGGAGAAGAAUUUGCAGUAGUGAUGUAGCCUGGCGCUGUGCCUUUAUACUAUGACUGUGAUAUUUAUUAUUUUUGUGUAUCUUUCAUCAUCCAACUGUGUGGAGAUGCAUUGGGCCUGAGGAAUUUGCUGUUUUUAAACCAAGUAUAUAGAAAUAAAUGAACUGCCUGUUUUCUUUGUC